CAAAUGACGUCUUUGUCGCUCUUGAACCCAGGGCAUUUUACGCGUCUUGGGAGCAAAAGGCUCAGCUAGUCCAGCUAACCAUUUAACUAUAGGAAAUUUGCACCACUUAUGAUUAUUUCUGUAUCUCAGUUGAUGAAAGCAUUUAAAUGGACAAGACAAUGAAGACUGCACAACCGCACAAGCCAUUCUGACGUGGGAACGAGAGUACCAAAAUGGCGGAAUCUUUGAAAAACGAAGAACCUUUCGUCGACCAGUGCAUGGUGUUUGCUUUAUUAUGACUGUGCAUAGAAUUAUCGCUGGGUAGUGUGGUUGCUGGAAAACAUGGGAUCCAACAAAGAUGACAUAAAUCUGACACCACUGCUGAAUAAGCUCGGGCAUGACCUUGAGGAGAUCCGUGUGCGGUCGCUGCUGAACAUCCUGAGCAAGCUGGAGCACGGGGUGGUGUGCGAGGCCGACCUGGUGCAGCAGCGCCCCCUGCUGAUCCGCCUGCUGGAGUGGUUCAACUUCCACUCCUGCCCGCUGCAGGAGGAGGUGCUGGGGCUGCUGCACAGGCUCGCACAGCACUCCUCAGCAGUAGAAAUCCUGGUCUCCCUCGGCGCGGUCGCGUUCCUGUCCCAGCUGAGGAAGGAUGUUCCAACGGAGCUCCAACCAAUCACAGACAAGAUCCUGAACCAGCUGCUGAUGCUGCCCCCUUCUGGGCCUGAGGAGCACAGCAGGGAAUGUAUCUAUCAGCACAGGAUAACAAAGUUUACUUCUCCACUCCUUACAGAAUCAGCUAUUCCGGCCAUGCAAGAAGACACAGAUCCCAAACAGCUGACAGCAGCGUCAGACUCGCUGAUGUCUCAGCAGAACAGCAGCCUGACCAGCCAGACAGGGCAGCAUCCAGGACAGCUGCUGUACAUGGAGCCCAAAGUCGGGUACUUCCGCAGGGACAGCGGCAGCACAGCAACUCUCAUCGCAAACCUGGAACAGGAACAGGAGGAGCAGGGUGUGGCGACUGCAGGCCUGCCGGCCCCCACCUGUCUGAAGUUCUCCACCUUCCCCUGGCUGGCUCUCACCCCCACAGACAGACAUGUCUUAGCUGCCACCAACAGGUCCCUGAACAGCGGAAACCCCCAGCUUGUGACCAGCUCCUGUGAGUUCCUCAGUAACGUGGUGUUCUACGACUUUCCUGCAGAAACCUUUCUACAGAGGCCCGCCAUAGUCAAGACUCUGGUGUCCUUACUGAAGGUCACAGCUGAUGGAGGCCACAACCCUUCCCAGGGUGCAGUGCUGUGCCUGCGGAACCUUUGUGUCCACCUCCAGACCAGACUGGCCUUUUACCAGGACCCGGCUCUCUAUUGCCCCAGACAAGACUACCUGUCCCAGGCCAGCUCCACCGUUUCCACGGAGAUGAGCAGCCCCACCCCACAGUCCGACUCCCAGCUGUCUGCUCUGGAGGAGACUCCCGACAGGCCCAGAGGGGACGGAAGGGACAGGAACACACCAUCUUCAACAUCUUCCACAUCGCGCUCGCUGACAGCCAGCAGUGUGCGAUCAGCGGUGACAGAUCCCAUGGAGGAGCUGGAGCCUGAGGACAUGCUGGCACUGCAGUUCAGCCAGCUCAGCCUCCCGCAGUUCUGCACAACCCUGCUCACCAAUGGGAUGGCCCUGCUCAAGUCACAUGACCCUGCAGCAGUCACGCAGGUGCUGGACCUGCUGCAGAAGGCUGCCUGGCUAAUGGAGGAGGCGCUGACUCCGCAGGUGUGGGAGGACCAGAGCACUGUGGCGGCAGAACUGGUUGAAGAGCUAAUAGAGGCUCUAGACAACACAGGCGAGGUGUUACACUUCCACAACCUGCAGAGCAGGGGACCCCGAACCCCUGAUAAUGAGAUCACCCACCACAGGAUGGUGUACAUGGCACUGGCCGUCCUCACCACACAUCUGCUGCAGGCAUUCGUGCCACUGGAGAAGGCUGCUGACAUUCUCCCAGAGAGCCUGGCCUCAGCGCUGGCCCUGUUGGCCAUGGACCCCAGUUUCCAGACGACCCGCCCCGCGGCACACGAGGCCGUGGUGGCGUAUGUGGAACAGACGAGCGAGGAUGACUACCAGCUGUACAGCCACGCCCUGCAUGUCUGUACAUCCAUGGACUGCAGCGUGCAGUUUAUCAAGGAGCAGAACUUUGAAGGAGGCCGCUCCCUGCAGGACAUGGUUGAGCUGGCAGAGGGCGCUCUGAGCAGCCUGCCGUACCACCAACACCUGGCCCUUGUUUCACAGUUCAUCCGCCUUUGUUCAGACAUGUGUAAGCCUGUCCAUGCCAACCCCCAACUUGUGCAAGACUGCACCAGAGUCCUGCUGAAGUUUCUGGCUCACCCGGAGGAGAAAGUACGGCACACUGCCUACCAGACGUGUCUCAACAUUGUCAAGGAAGUCCUGGGGAUCAGUCGGGCAGCUGAGACAGCAUCGCAGUCCUGUCGCUCUGUGCUGUUCCUGGUUGACCCCCAUGUGCUGUACCAGCUCUGCUGCUUCGGGCUGGCGGAAAACAAAACUAAGGUUGGAGAGAUGGCAGCAGAACUUCUCUUGUACCUUCUUCAGGGCAGACUGAUCAUGACUGCUGCUAUCUGGAACAAGCUCAUGGACGCCCUCUUGCCUGUGCUUCCAGUACUGCAGGGCUAUGCCAGUGUGGAGACGAAGCUGGGACGGUGUGUAGUCGGACUGUUGCAUCCAUCCUCAGAGGGGGAGGUAGGGCGUCUGCCUAAACUGGAGCGCUUGAGAGGAGGUCUGAGGCUUCUCAUGUCCAGAGAGUCCAGCAUGAGAGAAGAGGCAGCAGCCAUGGUAAGCCAGUACCUGGCCCUGGAGAGCGGGGGUGCCCAGCUCCUACCUAAAGAUGCAGAACAGGCCAUUCUCAAGGCUCAGGACAUUCUUAUAGUCAGGCAACAGCAGCAACAACCCAACAGGGAGAACCAGUCUUCUAUAUUCCAGCCUGAGGAUGUCCUGAAGCUGUGGGACCUGUACACGUCUCCUACUGUGGAGGGGGUGGUCAGGAGGUCCGCAGCACAGCAGUUCACUACUAUACUGGCAGACAAGCUGAUGCAUGAGACGUUCCGGAGACAGGGUGGGGUGGAUGUGACUGUGAACUACCUCAAACAAGCCAUUCAGGGGGACAAUCAGGAGCUUGAGAGGAGAAACCUGGUUCCCCCCUGCCUGUGUAUCCUGAGACUGCUGGUGCAGGAGGACCCGUCCCUCAGACAUGCUCUGAUGCAGGAGAUGUCUCUGUACCUGACUGUGCUCAGAUGUGCCCUUCAGAGCUCAUACGAUGACAGGACCUGUACUGAGGCUGCCGGUCUCCUCACCUUACUGCUGUUUGAUGAAGUCGCCUCCAUUCAAACUUGGUGAGUGGAUUUUACUUCA